AUGGUUGUCAGCAAACUCAACCCUCAGGCAAGGCACUAUGAAAUCCCACAAUCUUGGCAUGAGGCCCUAGUGAUUGGCCCCAAUGAUGGGUUGUUGGAUUUGCCUGAGUGUUUUGACAAUGAUGCAAAAGCAAGCAAACAUGAAUUCACCCCAGAUUUCAUGCACAAACAAUGUGGCCACCCAGGCCAAAACAAAACAAGACUCAUUGAGAAGAUCUACAAAGUUAAAAUCAUGGAUGGUGAAAGCCAGGACUGUGUGGUUGGCAAGUCAACCAAAGCCCAGAUGGGAUGCAGGAGUGGUACACAUGCUAAAGACCCUCUAGAAUUGAUACACAUUGAUCUGGCUAUGCACUGGUCAAUGAAGACUGAGGUCACAUGCUUGCUAGUUGCAAUUGACAACACCUCUAGUUUUACAUACAUGAAACCACUCCAGAUGAAAUCAGAUGCACUGCAAGCCUUGAAAGAGUGGAUUCAAUAUGCUGAGGUACAGAUGGGCCAUAAGCUCAAAACCCUUCGCUCAGACAAUGGGGGUGAAUGA